AUGUAUCUGGUGUUGGGGCACGUGAUUGGGGUGUUGUCUUCGUCUCGUGUCGUAGAUGCCUCUGGUGGUCGUUCUGGUCCGGGUUGUUCUGUUAAGAAAGUUUCUGACUGCCAGUUGAGCUAUUACUGGAAUGUGCAGUUAUUCAAUAUUUCUACAUGUGCAGGAGCCAUUGAUGGAAGUCAUAUACCAAUUACUCCACCUGUGUUGAAUCACACCGACUAUUAUAAUAGAAAAGGAUGGUAUUCUGUUAUUCUUCAAGCUGUUGUUGACCAUCAAUACCUGUUUCGUGACAUAAACGUUGGCUGGCCAAGAAGUGUGCUUGAUGCUAGAGUGUUGGCUCAUUCUGCGUUAUUCAUGAAGGCAGAAGAAGGGACGAUUUUAGAUGGACAAAGCAAACAAAUUGAAGGGUGCACCAUACCAGUAUUUCUUAUCGGAGAUUCUGCAUACCCUUUGCUCAAGUGGCUCAUCAAACCUUACCCUGAAAAUGAUCACAUGACAGAACAACGCAGGAACUUCAACUACCAACUUUCUAGAGCUAGAAUUGUGGUUGAAAAUGCUUUUGGACGCUUGAAGGCCCGCUGGAGUCGACUCAUGAAGAAGAAUGACAUGAACGUUAAGAAUAUCCAUCACGUUAUAGCUGCUUGCUGCGUGUUACACAACUUGUGUGAAAUACAUGGGGAGUUUUUUGAUGACAACUGGAUCAGUGGGGAUGAAAACGAACGACAACAGCCAGCCGUUCAAGCGCCCGCAGGUGCACAUGCUACCAUUGCCGAACCACUUGCAAUUAGAGACACUCUUGUCAGAAGUUUCGUAAAUCACAAUGACAGACCUACUCAGAACAUGUUUACAGUGUCAACUAUUCGUUAUAGCUAA